AUGCUCACUCAAUCCUAUGGCGACAUGUACUUGCGCUUUAAGCGGGUCUUGGAACCUGCUACGAUGAUCCUCGCCGCUUGGACCAUCUGCGCCUGUGCGCUGUCGGCCUUCGCUAAGGCGCAGACCCUCUUUCAGCAGGAACCUUACGACGCAGGCUUAUUCACGCCUUUCGAGAGCCUAUCGGCAUUGCCCGAGACCGAGUUCACGUCCCUCUCUCACCCUUUCUUCCCGGAAUACAGCGUGCGGUUGAAGAAGUCGAAGUUCUGCGAUGGGUCGGUCAACUCGUACACUGGAUAUCUGGACAUUUCCGAAACCAGGCACCUGUUCUUUUACUUCUUUGAGAGCCGUAACGAUCCGGCGAAGGACGAUGUCAUCUUUUGGACGAACGGAGGCCCUGGCUGCUCCUCUGCCGUCGGCCUAUUCAUGGAGCUUGGUCCCUGCCGUAUCUCGGACGAGCAUGGCCCCAGAUACCACCCCGUAUCAUGGAAUAACAAUGCGAACCUCUUCUUCAUCGACCAGCCUGUCGGCGUUGGCUACUCGUACGCAGACUACGGCGAGCAUGUCUACACCACCGAAGACGGCGCCAAGGACAUCGCUGCUUUCGUCGCCAUAUUCUUCGAGCACUUCACCCAGUUUAAGGGCCGGCCGUUCCAUAUGGCUGGCGAGUCGUAUGCUGGUCGCUACCUCCCUCUUUACGCCUCCGCUGUAUACGACCAGAAUGUCGCCCUGGUCAAGGCAGGCUUGACCCCUGUGAACCUGUCUUCCGUACUCAUUGGGAACGGCGUCUCCGAUCCCUUCACCAUCUUCCUCUCCCGCUAUGACAUGCAAUGCACGAACGCGUCUCUCCCGCCCGUCGUUGACAUCGCGACUUGCGUGCAGAUGAAGAGCAUGACCAAGCGGUGCGAGAAGUGGUUCCGGGAGGCGUGUAUCGACCAGUACGAUGCGAUGAAUUGUAGGGCUGCCACCUCCGUCUGCUUAGACGCAAUCGAGAAGCCAUUCUAUGAUACUGGCAUGAACCCGUACGAUAUCAGCCAACCCUGUAAUGGCACCGUUGAGACGACGCUGUGCUACCCAGUUACCAAACAUAUAAGCAACUACCUUUCUCGAACUGAAGUCCGCGAGAAACUCGGCGUCGAUCCCGCCGUGCCAGCGAACUUCUCCUCCUGCAGCGCCGACGUCAGCACGAGCUUCGACCUGUCGCAGGACGCGCUCCACGUAGCGACGGUGCUGAUCUACGUCGGCGACUAUGAUUGGAGGUGCAGCUGGAUUGGCAACGAGCGCUUCACGCUCGCGCUGGAGUGGUCCGGGCAGGCCGACUUCGCCAGCCAUGAGCUGCGGAAUUGGUACGUGGACGGCGUCUCGGCGGGAAAGACGCGCAGCACCAGCGACGGGCAGUUCAACUUUGCGACGGUGCACGCAGCGGGGCAUAUGGUUCCGUAUGACAAGCCAAAGGAGUCGCUGGAGCUGCUCAGGAGGUGGCUGAACGGAGAAGCGCUCUGA